CAGUGUAUCCGCAUGCGCGGCUGCUUCGCCCGGCAAUGCAUGUGGUGGGAGGUUGUGUGCGCGCGCAUUGUUGAGUAGUUGCUGUAAUGUGGACGAGCAAGGGCCGCUUGUUGGGAUUGCCUUUAACUUGGUGUCCCUCUACCCUCCGGGGGAAAGGGGGCGACGGGCUAUUUAAAGGCCUUAGCAAUAAGUCCGGACUGAAGGUGAUUGAGGCGCUUUUGGAAACGGCGGCCAAAGGGCAGGAGGUCCGGGUCCAGGGCUGGGUACGGGCUGUACGUGCACAGAAGGAAAUUACAUUUUUGAAUAUUAAUGAUGGAAGUUCAUUACAAAAUCUUCAAAUAGUUGCACAGCCAGAUUUAAAUAUCAGAGGCAUAACUUUUGGCAGUGCAGUUGAAAUUUGGGGCAAACUAGUACAGAGUCCUCACAAGAAACAGAGAACAGAGUUGCUAGCUGAUAAAAUCAGAUUGGUUGGAGCCUGUAAUCCUGUGAAUUUGCCAUUCAAGAUCAAGGAGAGGCAUUCACUGGAAUAUAUAAGACAGUUUCCUCAUCUUCGUUGCAAAACAAAUGUUUUCAGUUCACUACUUAGAAUACGAAGUGAAGCAUCCACAGCUAUUCAUUCGUUUUUCAAAAAUAAUGGAUUUGUUCAUAUACACACGCCCAUAAUAACAUCAAAUGACUGUGAAGGAGCUGGGGAACUCUUCCAAAUUGAACCUGCAAGCAGAACAGCUGAAAAGUAUGAGAAUACUCAUUUCUUUGAUGUUCCUUCCUUCUUAACUGUGUCUGGACAACUACAUUUGGAAGUGAUGACUGGGGCUUUCACUCAAGUAUAUACCUUUGGACCAACAUUUCGUGCAGAAAACUCCCAAACCAGAAGACAUUUAGCAGAGUUUUACAUGGUAGAAGCAGAACUUGCCUUCACUGAAAGUUUGAAAGACAUUAUGGAGGUGAUGGAGAAUCUCUUCAAGAUCACAACUUCGCAUAUUCUUUCAAACUGUUCAGAUGAUGUUGAACUCUUCCACAAAUAUAUAGCUCCUGGACAAAAGGAAAGGAUGGAACAGAUGCUGAAAAAUUCAUUUAAAGUGCUUUCCUAUACUGAAGCAAUUGACAUUUUGCAGCGAAGCACAGAAACCUUCAAGUUUGAACCAAAGUGGGGCUGUGACCUGCAGACUGAGCAUGAGAAUUGUCUGGUACAGCACUGUGGAAAUAUCCCUGUUUUUGUGGUUAAUUAUCCUUAUGACAUCAAGCCCUUUUAUGCCAGAGACAAUCAAGAUCACCCUCAGCAUACAGUGGCAGCAGUUGAUCUUCUGGUGCCUGGAAUCGGAGAAUUAUGUGGUGGAAGCUUGAGGGAGGAGCGACUUGAUCAACUGCAAUCUCGCCUAAAAGAGCUUGGUCGAAAAGACACAUACCAUUGGUAUGAGGAACUUCGCCAGUUUGGAUCAGUGCCACAUGGAGGAUUUGGAUUGGGAUUUGAGCGAUAUUUGCAGUGUAUCUUGGGUGUUGAGAACAUUAAAGAUGUUAUUCCAUUUCCAAGGUUUUCUCACUCUUGCCUUUUGUAAACCUGAGAGGAGUAAAUCAUGUUUUAUGAUUAAAGGUUUUAUUUCAAGAACAACUGAACCUUGUUAAACAGGCAAAUGGACAAUAUUUUCUCGUACUGUACAGUAGUUUAAUCAAUUCUUAAAUAUUUACAUAUGAAAUUGAUGUGAGUUGUAAUGAGAAAGAUGGAAGGUGACCAUAUGGCAGUAGUUAUUGUAUUUCUUUCUGAUAAAUCUUUCCAGGAUGGUUUUUUUAAUACAAUUAAGAGAAUAUAUCAGAUUACCAUUCUUCCAACUUCCUUCAGUUGGCUAACAAGAGAAAUUAAUUUCUAUUUCUCUUUCAGCGAGAUUUGUGAUGAAGUAUUGUGUAAUUUGGAUCUUACUGGUAAUAAACAGUAAUUGCAUUGAGUUUUACUUAAACAAACCAUUUUGGUAUAUAUUUCAAUAUUGAGAAAAUUAUGCUAUUUACCCUGUUUUUGGGUUUCAUGCAUUCACUUAUACCAUGGUAUUAUUAUACGUAUCAGAGUUAUUGCCAAUGGAAAAUAAGAGUGCAGGUAAUACUUAAAGCAAAUCAGUUUUUCAUUCCAAGGAAGAAUAGUAGAAGCCUAAUUUUUUUUUGGAUUAAGAUUUAUCAUUUUGGGAAUGACAGCCACAUAUAAUAGUGUAUCAAGAUGCUUUCCAAUACACACAUGUCUCAUAGUUAGAACAAGAAUUGGUGGAAGUGACAUAGAACGUCAUCCAAAAUGCAAGAUUUGAAGAGCCGUUUGAGAAAAAUUAUAAAUGACUGGAUUGCAGGGCUGGAGGUGAAAGAAUAAACAGUCAGUGAAUUGGGUUAAAGAAGGUUGCAGAAUCAAGGAUGACUGAGCACAAAGACUUUUAAAAGGGGAUAGAUUGUGAAGUCAAUACUUAAGAAUAGGAAACCAAUAAAAGUGAUCAAUGGUAGGAAUUAUAUGGAAGGAAGAUUUUGUGUCAAAAAGGAUUAAGGUGUGGAUAGCUUUGGUUCAUGUAUAAUGCAGGUCUGUCAACGAGGCUGGACAAACAGAACCUGGAAUUCAGUUGGAAUGAACACUGGAGGAAGGAAGAUAUUUAGGACCCACUCGGCAAUGAAUUAUUACAUAACAUGGAUUCAAAUAAAGUGAUUUUACUAUGAUUAUAUUUUGUUUCAACACAGUGAAGUUAUCGGCAGUAUUGUAAAAGUGAAUUUUCAUGUUUCCUGCAGCAACUUAAAUCCAUUGAAAUUAGCAUUUGAGAUCAAAGGUUGUCCCAGGAUUCCAGGAUACUGUUGGAUAAAUUUUGUUUGACAGUAGAGAGGAUUAACCAAAUACUGUCUUUUUGCCUAGUCCAACUUUCAAUAAUUUGCAUACUUAACUGAAAUUACUUGUGUAAUAUGCAAACUUCAAGACUAUAAGGCGGCAUUGUUUAGUCCCUACAUGAGCCAAGAAGUCUAACUGUAGUUUAGGAAGUCAUUUGAAUUGGUUAAUUGAGACAAGACAUGGUCAGGCAGACUUAAACUUCAUAUUCCAUUUUAUUCAGUAAAUUAUAAAGGUGACCAGAUGCAUAAUAAAUAAAUCAGAUCUAGCUCCCCCUACUGUACAAUGUGUGGUCAAUAUAUCCAAAGCAGAUGAUUCCAAAUUACUUGUGUGCAAAAUGAGUUGAUCUUUUCAGAGUGGACAGUGAGAGCAUCUCUUUGGUCUUUAACUUUUAUGGGUUGAGGAACAGGCAAGUCACCAGAGGUGAGACACUGUCGUUUUAAAUUUUACCAUUUCUGUAAAUGCAUCUAACACACAUCAAAUAAAAUGUAAUACUUGAAUAAAUGUACUUUAUACAAUUGAAA